AUAAAAAAAAAAAAUAAAAAUAAAAAAAAUAAAAAUGAAAAUAAAAAAAAAAGAAUAAACAACCAGCCUUAAAGUAAUACAAGUGUGUGUAUAUGACUAUAUAAAAGUAUACACAUCUCGUUCAUUAGCGAAUAAGUUCGCGACACGGUUCACCGAAAAUAAAUGCGUGCUCGUGCUCCCAAAAGAAGAAGACUCGGGUGAAGAAUGAUUUUAUUAGUGUCAAUAUUGUUACAAAAUAUACUAUACUUCAUACGGGUCGAUGUAUCGCGCAUGUUCAGUAACUGUUUAUUCGUUCGGUGAUUCUUUCGUUUAUUUAUAGUAUUAUUAUACAGGAAGUGACAGGAGACUUCUACGAAAUGAAUCGAUAUAAUAAUAAAGGUGCGAAAAGGAUUGAAAUCUUGUGAAAUAUUUUAUAUUUUCAUUAUUUAUAUCCCUCGAUAUUAAUAUUUGUAUUAUUAUUUUUUUUCGGCGCGUUUUUAAUCUACCGUUCGGGUAAAAAUGUUGACAUUAAUUUUAUUUCUGUAUUUAAAAUAACAAAAGAAAAAGGUGAAAGAUUUGAAUAUAACAUAUCGAAGCACAUAAUGAUUAUACAACAUAACAAUAAUACAUGUUUUAUUUGAAGCAUCUUGAAGAUCCAUCGAUAAUUUAUCUAUAAGUCGAUAAUUGAGAAUAUUAAUUUGAAGUAUUGAUCGUAAUACUUUUCAAAUUUGUAUGUAAAGCCCGCUUCACCGAGCGUUGAGUUAUCACAAACUUUCAUUGGUGGGGAAAAGUCGCGUGCGCUGGACCAAUCACAUAAGACCACGAUCGCAAUGGCGGUUUGGUUGGACAGUUUUAUGUUAUCGGCUGGAUGAGUAUAUCUUUUUGGAGAUAGACUGUUUCUUUACUUAUUUAUAAAAUUACACCGAAGAUUGGGAAUCAAUUUAAUAUUCAGUCAUGUAUAACUACGUCUUCUUAUUGGUUUUAUUAGAUUUAUCUUUUGAUUUGGUCGGCAGUGUUUCACAAUUAGAAAUUGAUAAGCAUUUGGAGUUAGGUAGAGAAUUCCUUGUACAUGGACAAUUGCAGGAUGCAUUGUCACAUUAUCAUGUGGCUAUUGAGGGAAAUCCUAAUAACUAUUUAGCAUAUUAUAAUAGGGGUAUGGUAUAUUUGGCAUUAGGAAAAGCAAAAUUCGCUAUUCUUGACCUUGAUAAGGUCUUAGAAUUGAAGCCAGAUUUUACAGGAGCUAAAAUGCAACGUGGAAAUGUAUUAUUUAAACAAGCUAAGUUUGACUUAGCGGAAAGAAACUAUAAAGAAGUUCUUGAAGUGGAACCGAAUAAUGAGGAAGCUGCAACUAUGUUAUUUACAAUAUCAAAUCUUGAAACGGAUAUGCAAUAUGUAGAAGAUAUGGUUAAAAAUAGGGAUUGCAAGACUGCGAUCCAACAAAUAACACGACUUAUAGAAACUUGUCCAUGGUCGCUUGAACUUAGAGAAUUAAGAGCGGAAUGUCAUGACGCUUUAGGAGAUUAUAUGAGUGCUAUUAGUGAUAUACGUUCUACUACUAAGUUAUUAUCUGACAAUACAGAAGGUUAUUAUAAGCUAUCUGCAAUGCAUUAUCGUGUUGGCCAAGUAGAAGAAUCACUGAGGGAAAUUCGAGAGUGUUUAAAAUUAGAUCCAGAACAUAAAAAGUGUUUCCCAUUUUAUAAAAAAGUUAAAGAAGUAUCUAAAUUUCUUGGAAAAGCAGAAUCCUUAGAGGAAUCCAAUCCUCAAGGUUGUAUAGAAUCUGCUGAACGCGUACUCCGUAUAGAACAAACUGUAAAGUAUGUUAGAUAUCCUGCCCUACAGUUCCUCUGCAGAUGUUACACUGCUAAUUCGGAACCAAGUCGUGCAGUUAACAGUUGUCAAGAAGCAUUAAAAAUACGAGAAGAGCCAUCUACUUUGUGCGACAGCGCGGAAGCAUAUCUUGCUAGUGAAUUAUAUGACGACGCGAUAAGAGAUUAUAAAAGAGCAUUAGACAUUGAUCCUUAUUUCCAAAAAGCAAAACGAGGAUUGCAGAAAGCUCAACAACGGCAGAAGAUUUCAGAAACGCGGGAUUAUUACAAAAUAUUAGGAGUACCUAGGACAGCUUCGAAACGCGAAAUUACAAAAGCGUAUAGAAAAGCGGCACAAAAAUGGCAUCCCGAUAACUUCCAAGAAGGUGAAGAGAAGAAACAAGCGGAGAAGAAAUUUAUUGAUAUCGCUGCUGCCAAAGAAGUACUAACUGAUGACGAAAAAAGAGCUAAAUUUGACCAAGGGGAAGAUCCAUUGGAUCCUGAAUCUGGAAAGCAUCAGCAAGGCUUCAAUCCCUUCCAAGAAUUUCAUCAUUUUCAUGGUUCACCUUUCCAAUUUAAAUUCCAUUUCAAUUAGUUAUGCAAUAUGGAAUUUAACAUGCAUUUCGAUUUUUAGCGCAGCACAACUGAAAUCUUUUGUUUCUGUGCUAUAUUUUUCGUCGCGUAUAAUUUCGAAUUUGGCUAACAACUUUAUUUUUCAAAUAUGAUUUCGCUAAAUCUUCUACUCGUUGGUAUUCUCGCAUUAAAAAUAUUUCCAAAAUUGAAGGACCACAUUCGAAAGAACGAUUUGUGACGGAUCGUAUUAUUAGAAGACGUAAUAUUAUUACUAAUAACACUGCAUAACGGAAGUGCGUGAUUAAUUUAUCAUUGAUGAUUAGCUAAUUAUAAGCUUAUAUAUAUAUGUAUAUAUAAGCAAUAUAUAUACACACACGCAUGUUGAUUAAACAUUUACGUAUUUUCUAUACGCAGACUGAAUCAAUAAAUAUCGUCGAAUGUACAUCAAGUUAAUACGCGUUAUGGAUAAAAUGAAUUUUUUUGAGUUAUGAUAUUGAAUAUAACCAACGAAGUCUAUCAUUGUUUUAGGAUAAUCAUUUUACGAUGAUCCUAUUGUAUCGAUUGUAGAUACUUUUUAUCGAAUAUCUAUUGUGUAUGGGUUUUUCGAGAUGUAUUUUUACUCGAUGCCAUUGAUUAUCAGCGAAUAAAUAGGACAAUGCUGUGCGCGUGUGAUGUUUGGAUGAGUGUGAGUCUGAAUUUUAUGUAAAUAUUUUAUCUCUAAUCAUUGUUUGAAAGUAUAUUUGAAUAAUUUAUACAGAUAAAUACGGACAAACAUCGAA